AUGGAGGGAUUUCUUCUCCUUCUUAUAAUGUUGCUCGGUGCAACUUUUUUCUUUAACCAUUCCACUGCUGUCCACGUAGGUGAAAGAUGCGGAUUCAAUAUGACGUGCGACUUGGGCUUGCCCUGCGAGACAUGCUUCGCUGCCAGUAGUUUCUGGCCGCGCUGUGUUAGAUCUGGGCCUGUCAUCCCCACUUCUCAGGUGAAAAUGCUGCCGUUUAAUCGAUAUUCAUGGCUAACUACGCAUAAUUCAUUCGCAAGGAUGGGCGCAACCUCAUUUAUAACGGGGUCUACUUUGAUCUUUGGCACGAACCAGAUGAAUUCAGUCACCGCUCAGCUCAAGAAUGGUGUUAGAGGACUAAUGCUUGAUAUGCAUGAGUUCGACGAUGACAUCUGGUUAUGCCACGGAAAAUGCGACGUCGCUACAGCUUUUCAACCUGCACUUAUGGUUCUCAAAGAGGUCCAAAUAUUUCUGCAUGAGAACCCGUCCGAGAUCAUCACCAUCAUGAUUGAAGAUCAUGUAGAGUCACCGAAGGGCUUGACUAAGCUUUUUGAUGCCGCUGGCAUCAGAAACUUGUCGUUUCCACUAUCUCGAAUGCCCAAAGAUGGUAGAGAUUGGCCAACAGUUUACGACAUGGUCCAGAAAAACCAGCGUUUGGUCGUUUUCACUUCAAAUGAUGACAAGCAGGCUUCUGAAGGGAUUGCCUACCAAUGGAACUACAUGGUAGAAAACCAAUAUGGGGAUGAUGGGAUGAAUGGGUAUUGUAUAAACCGGGCAGAACCAUCUCCCAUGAAUUCAGUGAGCAAAUCAUUGGUGCUGAUGAACUACUUUCGCAGUUCGUCCAAU